AUGGUUCCGUAUUAUCCUUCAUAUUUCGACGGCGAACUCGAGGAAGAGGAGGAAGACAGUCCAUACCCUGAAGUUCGAGCCUCAGUGUCGAACAUUGAUGACCCCGAAAUGCCCGUUCUGACUGUACGGAUGUGGAUUCUUGGGUUGACGCUGUGUGUGGUCGCCGCUUCGGCCAACACGUUCUUCAACUUCCGAUUCCCAGCCCAAUUCAUUGCCCCUACAGUGCUACUACUCAUUGCACAUCCAUGUGGCAAAUUUUUGGCGUAUUCAAUGCCAAUAAAUGUGUACACGCUGCGAUUGCCAUUAUGGCUGAAUCGAUAUGAAAUAAAUCUUAAUCCUGGGCCAUUUAACAUCAAGGAACACGUUUUAAUUUAUAUCAUGACAAACGUGUCCGUCUUUCCCGCAUACGCUAUGAACGCUGUUGUUGUUGCAGAUCUCUACUAUGGUAUACGUCGGGGUUUUGGUUUCAAUAUCCUUGUAGUUUUAGGUAAUCAACUUGCCGGAUUCGGUAUCGCAGGGAUAUGUCGUCGAUUUCUUGUUUGGCCUGCUUCGCUGAUUUGGCCGCAAAAUCUUGUGGCAUGUACGCUGUUGAACACCCUCCAUGCAGAGGACGAGGAACAGAGUCAAGGUAUGACUCGGUAUCGGUUCUUUUUGUACGUCAGCAUUGUAGCGUUCUUUUAUGUUUUCUUGCCUGGUUUCUUGUUCCAAGCGUUGUCAGUGUUCUCGUGGGUGUGUUGGUUCAAGCCAAACAACGUACCUAUCAACCAGCUUUUUGGUGUCCAAUCUGGCCUGGGAAUGGGCAUCUUGACGUUCGAUUGGAACCAGAUCAACUUUCUCGGCUCCCCAUUGAUGGUUCCAUGGUGGGCCGAAGUCCAUAUCAUGAUAGGCUUUGUGAUCAUGUAUUGGAUCAUUGGGCCAAUUCUUUACUACACAAACUUUUGGCAUUUUGCGCACCUUCCCAUGUUGGGCAGCCAACCUUACGACCGUUAUGGAAAACGGUAUAAUGUUACCCGUGUACUCUUUCCUGGUAAUCACACUCUCAAUCAGGAGGCAUACAGUACCUACUCCCACCUUUACCUUCCCCUUAACUAUGCCUUUACAUACCUGCUUUCAUUCGCAUUGUGUACAUGUGUGCUCGUGCACACGGCUCUAUACCAUGGACCAGCGCUGAUCAGUGGAUUGAAGAGAGCCAAGGUAGAGGAUGAUGAUGUUCACGCCAAACUGAUGAGGUAUUAUCCAGAAGUCCCAGAUUGGUGGUAUGCGCUAGUGUUCUCGUUCUUCUUCGUUAUGGGGUUAUUGGCAAUUGCGCUGUUUCAUACUGGUGUACCUAUUUGGUCGUUACUUGUUGGUGUGACACUGCCGCUACUAUAUGUGCUCCCCGCGGGUUUCGUGUAUGCAUAUACGGGCCAAUCGGUGUCCAUUAAUGUAAUCUCUGAGGUGCUGGCCGGUGUUCUCUUCAACGGCAAACCUUUCACCAACAUGAUGUUUAAAGCAUAUUCCGUACAAACAAUCGUUGUCGCCAUCAACUUCAUUCAAGAUUUGAAACUUGGUCAUUACAUUAAAGUCCCUCCCAGAGCCACCUUCACCGCUCAAAUCGUUGCGACAAUGUUAACGGCCGUGGUUCAGGUUGCGACUCAGGCUUGGCUAUUCAGUCAUGUACCCGACAUAUGCUCAGCCAACCAGAGGGACCACUUGACAUGUCCGCAAACUUCGGUAUAUUAUAGUGCGUCUGUGAUAUGGGGGGUGAUUGGGCCGACGCGACAGUUUGGGCCGGGGGCUUUGUAUAAGCCAGAACUGUAUGCGGUCUUGUUCGGCGCGUUGUUACCUAUUCCUUUCUGGUUGUGGCAACGUCGUUAUCCGAAAACUAUACUGAAGACGAUCAGUAUGCCGGUAUUAGUGAACGGACCCGUGUUGAUACCCCCCGCGGUAGGCAUCCACUUCUCAUCCUGGUUCGUCGUCGCUUUCAUCUUUCAAUAUCUCGUACGGCGACGGAACUUCCGGUGGUGGUCGAAGUUUAACUACAUUCUGAGCUCGGCAUUAGAUUCAGGCACACUUAUAUCACUCUUGUUUAUCUUUCUGACCCUCCAGUUCCCAAAGGGUGGCAGAAUCUCAGUGAACUGGUGGGGUAACAAAGUUUUCGCAGACACUGUUGAUGGACGGGGUGGUGCUGCAUUACUGCUAACUGGUCCAGAGGGAUUCGACUAGAUUAUAUUCCCACUUCCCUUGUUACUCAUCUCUGUACCUCGUAUACUUUGCCGCAUACUUUCGCCGCAUACUUUCGCUUCAUUCGUUGCUCCUCUGUUGUGCACCGCGGACGCAAAUGUUUCGAUUUUUUUUUUUGGUUCAUUUAUGUUUUCUCUUGUGGUACCGUCUUUGUUGCGUCGGGCAUGAAUAACAGUAGAGUAUCAGUGGUG